CUGCCAUCGACACACGUGCAAGUUUAGUCGUUUUUUUUUCAUCCCCUUCACCCCAACCUAUUUCUAGUCAGGAAAAGCUUGUAGUGCAGAAUCUCUAACCCUGGCUGAUAGACCGCGAAAUAUUUUUCUUCCCAAGAGCCAUCCACCGGAAAAUGAAGGACGAUGGCAAGCCAUUCCCUCCGACUUGCCAGCCACUAUUACCUGCAUCAGCAGUAACUAGCCCUGACGGUGAGGCACCUCAGCAAGAUGAAGGUGUUAAAAUGCGUAAAGAACUGGGCCUGUUGGAAGGAACUGCCAUCAUUCUUGGAAUAAUUAUGGGUUCUGGAAUUUUUAUUUCACCAAAGGGUGUUUUGAAAGAUGCUGGCUCAGUUGGCUUCUCGUUGAUUGUCUGGAUUCUUUGCGGAUUGCUCUCGUUGAUCGGAGCAAUGUGUUACGCUGAGCUAGGCACAGCCAUUCCACUUUCAGGUGGAGACUAUGCUUACAUCAAUAGAGCGUUUGGCCCUCUGCCCGCCUUCCUCUUUCUUUGGGAUGCCAACUUGAUAUUCGUACCCACCACCAAUGCUAUUAUGGGGUUGACAUUUGCCAAUUACGUUAUUAAACCUUUUUUUCCCGAUUGCGGAAAUCCGGAUGAUGCUGUUCGACUGCUGGCUGCUGCAGCUAUAUGUUUCUUGACUUUUCUUAAUUCGUAUGACGUACGCGUAACGACCAAGUUGCAAGAUGUCUUCAUGUUCUCGAAAAUUGGAGCGUUGGGGAUAGUCAUUGUAACGGGCUUGUUUGCCUUGUAUAUGGGUGUAAAUGACAACUUUUCACCCGAAAAAGUCUGGCAGAAUACGGCAACUGAUCCAGGUCAAAUUGCAGUCUCCUUCUAUUCCGGAAUUUUCUCCUAUUGUGGAUGGAAUUAUCUCAACUUCAUGACAGAAGAGUUAAAGGACCCUUACAGGAAUCUCCCCCGUGCUAUUUACAUAUCAUUGCCUUUGGUGACGGGUAUUUACGUGCUAGCCAACGUAGCUUAUCUUGGUGUGCUUACACCUACUGAGAUGUUAUCGUCCGAAGCAAUAGCUGUAACUCUCGGGGACAAAAUGCUGGGAAUGAUGAACUGGUUGAUGCCUGUGUGUGUAGCCAUGUCUGCAUUUGGUGGACUGUCAGUUCAUAUCAUGACAAGUUCAAGGUUGUGCUUCGUGGGGGCUCGGCAAGGCCAUCUACCAGACAUGCUGGCUCUUAUUAACAUUAACAAACUUACCCCUGCACCAUCUCUUAUCUUUCUCGGUAUGAUUUCCUUGGUAAUGUUGUGCACUAGUGAUGUGUACACACUCAUUGAUUAUGCGGCGUUCGUCGAAUCCAUGUUCCUAAUGUGGUCAGUAGCGGGAUUGCUGUGGCUCCGUUACAAGGAACCUGAUCUCCACAGGCCCAUCAAGGUAUCUUUGUUUUUCCCCAUAGCCUUCUUAAUGAUCUGUGGCUUUCUGGUAAUUAUGCCCAUCUACGUUCGUCCAUACGAAGUGGGUGCUGGCCUCCUGAUCACUGCUACUGGAAUCCCCGCCUAUUUCAUAGGCAUUUAUUGGGAAAACAAACCAAACUGGUUGAAAUCUCUGUCGAGGUCUACAACGUGUAUGGUGCAGAAGCUUACCAUGGCAGUGAAAGAAGAGUAAAAAGGAAAUGAUAACACUGCAGUAUCUAAAAUAUGUGCAUUACCGGUGCAUCUCUUUUCUAGCCAGCCACACAACGAAAUCUCAUGUCACGUAUAACUUGAUCUGAAGACCUAAUUUGUUUUUAAGACACUGUUAGGCGGAAACCAUCCUGUUCACUUACUAAGUACUUUGGCAUUGUAGAUACGCCCGUUUAAAAUAUUCAACCCCCACAUACUUUGCAUAUACGUAUUUACUGCUAUCAUUUAGUGAGCUAUUGAUUGAAUACCAAUCACACAUGACAGUACCAAAAGUGCAAAAAUCUCAUAAAGGCUUGUAAUGCUCAAAGAAACAGUUGAAACCCUGUCCUGAAAUACAUAGUUUUACAACCACA